GUAAAAUACAUUCAUCAACAGUCUCACGGCGAAGUUCGAUCUCGCAACACAUUCCUAGAAGAUCAUGGGUUCGCAGGUUCAAACAGAAUGUGAGCCAAUCAAAAGGUCUCCAUUGUUGAAUGUGCUCAUGGAAGUGUUUUGCAUGGUGUUGGAUUUGGUGAAAGUGCUUAUACUUGGUAUACCUGUUCUGCUAAUAACAGCUGUUAGGAUCUUAGUGCCAUCUAAACCAAAGAGCAUUCGUGGACAAACUGUAUUGAUAACCGGUGCUGGAAAUGGCCUGGGGAAAGCUAUGGCCCAUGAGUUUGCCAAUCGAGGAAGCAAUGUUGUGAUCGUCGAUGUUGACCUAGAGGCAGCAGAACGCACGUGCGAAGAGAUAAAGCGCGACCGGACAACCAAAGCCUACGCUUUUCGAGUGGACGUUUCGUCAUACGAUCAAGUGGAAGCGUUCGUCGACGGCGUUCACAAAACGGUUGGUCCCGUGGAUAUACUGAUCAACAAUGCCGGGAUGGUUAGCUUCGAUUUUUUGCAAGAUGCUGACGAAACGAACAUCAACCGAAUGCUCGAUGUGAACGUGAAAGGCGUCAUAUGGAUGACGAAACAUUUCCUCAAGAAAAUGAUCGAGCGCAAACGGGGACACAUCGUUUCCAUUUCAUCCCUGGCGGGAAUUCAUCCGCUUCCGUGGGCAACCGUGUACUCCACAUCGAAACACGCCGUAAAUGGAUUCAUGGGAGCACUGUCGGAACAGUUGCGCCUGCAAGGCCAUGGCAAUGAAAUUCGGACGUCCUGUGUAAACCCGUACUACAUUUCGACGAGAAAGGAUAUAACUGACUUUUUGAAGAAACCGAGGUUUGGAAUCCUAUCAACCGAUUAUACCGCGAAGGCCAUUGUAGAGGGGAUACUGCAAAAUGAGACAACGAUAACAGUUCCGAAAUUUUUCGGGCUAGGUGUUAAAUUCUCACAAUUGUUUCCAACAAGGGUUCAGCAAAUUAUCAGAGAUUAUAUUUUGCGAGAGUACGAGCUUAAUUCUGCCUAAAACCGACACUUUCCAAGGCUUCUGCGGAGGGUAUAUGUUUUAAAAAAUGAAUUGUGAUAAAUUAAGAAUAAAACUUGACUAUGAAUAGCAUUAUUCAGCAAUAUCAUUGAACAGCGGUCAUGGAUUGCAUCUUGAA